AACUGAUAAGUGGUCUGCUGUAUCGACUGGGUAGAAUAGUAUUCGCAUGAGUUCAUGGAAAAAGAGGAUGGAAGCAAGUUGUGGGUCAUCUUCUGGGGGUUUGGCUGACACCUGGAGGAUAGUAGUACCUCAAUCCAGAAGAGAUCGCUUAUGUUGGAUUUUUAAUUAUUUAUUUAGGAAUAAAUGAGAUAAUAGCGAAAUAUUUUAUGUUCAGUACAAAUGUCUACAAACGUACUACAAACGAUAGAAUCAGUUCAUUAUGCGAAAAAAAAUUACUCAUCAGCUAUCUACAUACGAAUCUACUUUAGUGCAUCCUCUUAGGCUGAAGGAGCCACAACAAGACAAGAGACAGACAGUCCACAGUGCUUGUAAUAUUCUCUCAAUAAAACUAAAUAAAAACUGCAUGAGUUGACCAAAUUUCAUUUACUUCUUAUUCAUUACUUCAUCGGUCGAAUCUCUCACGGUUGAUAAAUUUGUAGUGUCUAUUCCAUUCGUGAACAAUAUUCGGGAGAGUUGAUGUUGAUGAACAUCGAGUUCACUUUUCGCUUCGCGAAAUGACACAGCGCUUCAAUUAGUUUGAAUUUCAGUGAAAAAUUGAGGACAGAUAUUUGUCAAUGAAUUCCUUUAAAUAAUUAAUUUUUUUGUGAGCGUUGUGAAUUGCAUUCGAUUGGUAUUUCGAGAGUGUCUUCUCCAGUUGUCAAUAAUCAAAAAAAUGGAGUGACAAGUGCUCAGCUGACGCCCAAAACAUCAACAAUUUAGGGAAAAAAUUGCAAAUCGACGUUGAGGUCAAUGUUCGAGGGUAAAUUCUGAUAGAUAGAAAUGGAACCUCCUCCACCAAAUCCACCUCCGCAGAAUGUACCACCUGGAAAUACUGGAGACAACAGUGACAAUGUUGGAAGUUGUCUACUGCUCCGUUAUGCCAGUCAAAAUUCCCUGGACGAGAGUUCACAAAAGCACAUCCCGAGGGAGAGUGGCAAGGACAAACCACCGUACAGAAAUCAUCAUCACACGAAUCGAGCUUUUGAUGUGAUAAAUGCAAUGAGAAAACAAAAUUUAUUAUGCGACGUAAUAUUGGAGGCUGACGGUGGAGUAGACGUAGCAGCCCACAAAAUGGUGCUUGCAGCAUGCAGUCCAUAUUUUUACGCGAUGUUCACGAGUUUUGAGGAGCGCGAUCAGCGACGAAUAAAGCUGCAAGGUGUCGAUCAUGCAGCCUUGGAGUUACUGGUUGAUUAUGUAUACACAGCUGAGGUACAUGUCACUGAGGAGAAUGUACAAGUUUUACUUCCAGCAGCGAAUUUACUGCAACUGACUGAUGUCAGGGAUGCAUGCUGUGAUUUCCUGCAAGCACAGCUGCAUCCGUCAAACUGUUUGGGAAUUCGAGCGUUUGCUGACCUUCAUGGAUGUUUAGAACUCCUGGCGCAUGCUGACACUUACAUCGAACAGCAUUUUUCGGAAGUGGUCGAAGGUGAAGAGUUCCUGACAUUGGCGCCUGAACAAGUGGCUAAAUUAAUCUGCAGCGAUAGAUUGACAGUGCCAUCCGAAGAAAAAGUAUUUGAAUGUGUUAUAUCCUGGGUCCACUCUGACAUGGAAACCCGUCAGAGUCAUUUGGCUCAACUGAUGGAGCACGUGAGACUGCCUCUGCUCUCUCAGGAAUACCUGGUGCAGCGGGUAGAGGAAGAACCACUUCUCAAAGCGAAUUUGCAAUGUAAAGACUUUCUGAUCGAGGCAUUGAAAUAUCAUUUACUCAAGGGCGAGCAGAAGUCUCUGUUCAAAACCCCCAGGACUAAACCCAGACAACCAAGGGGUUUGCCCAAAGUUCUCCUCGUUGUUGGAGGACAAGCACCGAAGGCAAUCAGAAGUGUCGAGUGUUAUGAUUUUAAAGAAGAAAGAUGGUAUCAAGUGGCUGAACUGCCAACACGCAGAUGCCGAGCUGGUUUAUCAGUCCUAGCAGGUCGUGUUUAUGCUGUGGGUGGAUUCAACGGCUCCUUGCGAGUCCGCACAGUGGACGUUUACGAUGGAGCAGCUGAUCAGUGGUCAGCGUGUGCUGGUAUGGAGGCAAGACGAUCAACUCUAGGUGUAGCAGUCCUUGGAAAUUGUAUUUACGCUGUUGGUGGCUUUGAUGGUACCAGUGGUCUCAAUUCAGCUGAAGUUUACGAUCCGAGAACCCACGAGUGGCGAAUGAUUUCGCCGAUGUUGACACGACGAAGUUCAGUUGGUGUUGGUGUUGUCAAAGGACUCCUCUACGCUGUCGGUGGUUACGAUGGUAUAUCUCGACAGUGUCUGUCAAGCGUCGAGUGUUACAAUCCAGAGAAGGACAAGUGGAAACCAGUUGCUGAAAUGUCAGCGAGAAGAAGUGGCGCUGGUGUUGGUGUUCUUGAUGGAAUACUUUAUGCUGUUGGAGGACACGAUGGGCCACUUGUGAGAAAAAGCGUUGAGGCGUACAAUCCCGAGACAAAUCAAUGGUCAUCUAUUGCUGAUAUGACCCUCUGUCGACGAAAUGCUGGUGUGGUAACCCUGAAUGGCCUCCUCUAUGUUGUGGGAGGUGACGACGGCACCUCAAAUCUCUCCUCCGUGGAGGUGUAUUCACCCCGCACUAAUACCUGGACAACUCUCCCUAGCUCAAUGUCCAUCGGUCGAAGUUACGCUGGCGUUGCCAUAAUCGACAAGCCCCAAGCUCCCCCAUCAUCGAUAUGA